UGCCAGCCCCCAAAGCCAUCAGAAUAAACCUUUCCGCAAUCAACAUAAAAUUUGACAACGUCAGGCUGUGAGAGACGUGAUCAUGAGGCUGAUGUGGAAGUCCGUGGACAAGAUGAGGUGUUUCCGGAAACGUUCCAUGUUUCCUUUCCUUGGCUUCCUCAUUACCUUCCUCCUCUUCUUCAACCUGUACAUGGACGACAGAUAUGUGCUGGAGGCUGAAAAAAGACAACUAGGAGAGACACUGAUACAUCCCGCAAACUCUGAAAGAUACGUCCACACAUUCAGAGAUAUCUCCAAUUUCUCCGGUACCAUUAAUGUGACGUAUCGCUACCUCGCUGGAAUCCCUUUGCCACGCAAAAAGUAUCUCACCAUUGGGUUGUCAUCUGUCAAAAGGAAAAAAGGGAAUUACCUCCUGGAGACCAUCAAAUCUAUCUUCGAUCAGUCCAGCUACGAGGAACUGAAAGAGAUUGUGGUCGUGGUCCACCUGGCAGACUUUGACCUGGCUUGGUGUGAGAACCUGGUGCAGGACAUCACCAGGAAGUUUGCUCAUCACAUCAUAGCCGGACGCCUGCUGGUGAUCCACGCUCCAGAGGAGUACUAUCCAUCUCUGGACGGCCUGAAAAGGAACUACAACGACCCAGAGGACAGGGUCCGUUUCCGCUCCAAGCAGAACGUGGACUACGCUUUCCUCCUCAAUUUCUGCACCAACCUCUCACAUUUCUACAUGAUGCUAGAAGAUGACGUGCGCUGCUCGAGGAAUUUCCUGACAGCGCUGAAGAAGGUGAUCACCUCCAGAGAAGGGUCCUACUGGGUGAUGCUGGAGUUCUCCAAGCUGGGCUACAUCGGGAAGCUGUACCACUCCAGAGACCUGCCGCGCCUGGCUCAUUUCCUCCUCAUGUUCUACCAGGAAAUGCCCUGCGACUGGCUCCUCAUUCACUUCAGAGGUCUGCUGGCCCAGAAGGACGUGAUCCGCUUCAAGCCCUCGCUCUUCCAGCACAUGGGCUACUACUCCUCAUACAAAGGAGCCGAGAACAAGCUAAAGGACGACGACUUCGAGGAAGACUCCAUCGACAUUCCCGACAACCCUCCUGCCAGCCUUUACACAAACAUCAACGUGUUUGAAAACUAUGACGCCACCAAGGCCUAUAGCAGCGUAGAUGAAUAUUUCUGGGGGAAGCCUCCUUCCACAGGAGAUUUCUUCAUCAUCGUCUUUAAUAAAUCAACUAAAAUCAGUAAAAUCAAGAUUGCGACAGGUUCUGAUGACCGGCAGAAUGACAUUCUUCACCACGGAGCUCUGGAAGUGGGGCAAAAGUUGGUGGAAACUAAGCAGGGAAGGCAAUGUACUUCCUUUAUCACAUUAGGAGAGUUUAAAGGUGGCAACAUUGAGGUUAACAAUGUGGACCACAAGAUCGGCUUUGACAUUGAGUGUGUACGAAUAGUAGUUACUGCCAGUCAGAGUGAAUGGCUUAUCAUAAGAACUAUCAGUUUAUGGACUACACAGCCAGUGAGUCAAUGAAUAAAGUAGGCAAACAGACUUUUUUCUUUAUUUUUCUUUCUUUUUUUUAUGCAAUGUAUAUGUUUUUAAUUUUGGGUGCACUUAAGUUCAUUUUGGACUAUUGCCGUGAGGAUCCAUUAACUGAAUUUGAAACAAUUCAUAUUUUCUUGGAUUGUUCAGAGAUUUGUGUUUUCA